CGAAAGUGAUGUAACCUCAAAAAUGGCGGUUCCGGCAGAAAAGUUUUUGUGAAUUUUCGUGAAAAAUCCAGUGAUAACAAUGCAAUUAAACAGUGGGAAAAUGUGUGUUGCCUUCCGAAGGCACUAUUCUAGUGGUCUGACCAGAAAAUCCUCAUCUGCCAAAUAUGUUAGACAGCAAUUCCUGGACUUCUUCCUCAGCAACAAUCACAGGUUUGUGCGAUCGAGUCCGGUGGUACCUUUCUGUGAUCCCACCCUGGCUUUUGUCAAUGCCGGGAUGAAUCAGUUCAAGGGAGUGCUGUUGGGCAGAGAGACACCCAGGCACAGGCGUGUGGUGAACAGUCAGAAGUGCAUCAGGGUGGGCGGGAAGCACAAUGACUUGAAUGUGGUGGGAACUGAUGGGUAUCAUCAUACAUUCUUCGAGAUGCUGGGCAACUGGUCCUUUGGGGACUAUUUCAAAGAGGAGGCCUGUCGAAUGGCAUGGUCUCUCAUUACUGGACCCCUGAGGAUCACUCCUCAAAGGCUCUAUGUUACGUAUUUUGGAGGGAAUGAAAGACUGGGAUUACCGGCAGAUACAGAAUGUCGGGAUAUCUGGAGAAGUAUUGGGCUGCCGGUAGAUAGAAUUUUGCCAUUUGGGAUGGAGGAAAAUUUCUGGGAAAUGGGUCAGACGGGUCCAUGUGGACCUUGCACAGAAAUCCACAUUGAUCACACUCUGAAGCUGGAAAAUCGGGCUCUGUCAGUGAAUCUUGGGUUGGCAGAUCUCACUGAAUUGUGGAAUAUUGUGUUCAUUCAGUACAACAGGGAGGAAGAUGGCACAGUAUCGAGUCUUCCGGAAAGGCAUGUGGACACAGGGAUGGGCUUCGAGAGGCUUCUGGCCAUUCAACAAGGAUCCAGGAGCAACUACGACACGGAUUUGUUUAUGCCGCUCUUCGACAGCAUCGAAAAGGCCGCUAAAUGUGAGCCCUAUCGGGGUGCUUUCUCAGCCACGGCUGCCACAUAUCAGUUGGACACAGCUUAUCGGAUAAUUGCUGAUCAUUCUCGGAUGAUUCUGGCUUCUCUGGCUGAUGGAAUGAUACCGGAUCAAAAUCACAAAUUGCGGAGAAUUUUGCGGAGAGCUCUGCUCAUAUCUGAGAGAUCAUUUUGUCAGAAACGCCUCCUGCAUGAGGUUAUUCCGCGAGUGGCGGAAAUUCUGGGUGAUACCUACCCAGAGAUGCAGACCCGCUUGACGGAUGUUCUGACAAUUGUGAGUCAUGAAGAGGAGGUUUUUGACAUUCUGAGGCAAUCAAGUAGUCAGGAAGUUAAGAAGCUCAUCAAGGAGUAUCCUCAUCUUGAGGAACUCGAUGUGUUGGAUUCCCCGGGCUUUGUUCUGGCCUUUGAGGAGCUCCAGAGGCACAAGCAACAUUUCAAUGUGGCUUCCAGUGGCCUUCCGAUCAUUCCCAGUGAUCUUCUGUUCAAGUUCUAUGAUACAUAUGGGCUCGAUCGGGACACACUGGAGCAUCUGGCGUGUCUCGAGAAGCUCCACAUGGACUUGGGGGCUUUCGAGGAGCACCUGAGAAUGUCCAAGAGGAAAACACUGACUUCCAGGAGGAGUAGUAUGAAGAUUUCACAGCAAGACAUUGCGAGAAUUCCAGAAACUGACAAUUCGCCCAAGUACGAAUACACCUACGACCAGGAGAUUCGCAAUUACAAGAUUCCUCCUGUUCAAGCCAAAGUCCUGGCCAUUGUUCAGGAUCGGGAAGUUGUAGGAAGUGCAGAGAAACUCUCAGAAGGGGAAUCUGUAGCGAUUCUUGUGGACAAGAGCAAUUUUUACUACGAAAGUGGAGGUCAGCAAGGAGAUUUUGGGACAAUUGUCCUGCCCUGUGGCCAGGAACUGACUGUCAGGAAUGUGGAAAAUCUCCAAAAUCGACUCCUUCACACGGUUAUCUGGAAAGAUGGGGCAAAAAUUUCCACAGGGGACCAGGUAACGCUCAAUGUGAAUUCUGAGGCCAGAUCAGGGAAUAUCCUCCAUCAUACAGCCACUCAUCUGCUCAAUGCAGCUGUCCGGAAGAUAACUCAGGGUGUUGUGUACCAGAGAUCGAGCUCUGUCACAAAUUCAGGACUCAAAAUGGAAUUUGGGGUGUAUGGGGAUAAGAAGUUGGAUGCUGAGAACAUUGAGAGACUCGAAGGAGUUGUAAGAAGUGCCAUUGAGAAUGAGAUUCCGCUUCAGGUCGUAACAAUUGAUUCCCAAGAGCUCCUGAGGCAAAACCAAGAUAUUACAAUGGUUCCGGGAGAAGUUUACCCUGACAGAGGAUUGAGGUUAGUUGAGAUUAUUGGCAGCAACAUAAAAUCCCGGGAACUGUGCUGUGGAACUCAUGCAAGGAAUACCAGAGAACUAGAAGACUUUUGCAUCACAGGCGUGAGAUCUCUGGGAAGGGCUUCCUACGUGGUGAUCGGAGUGGCGGGAAAAGCUGCAGUGAGAGCGCAGGAAAUGGGAAAACAAAUGGCAGAGGAUGUGCAGGUGAUCAAGAGAGAUCUGGAAACGGGAAAACAGCAAAUUGAGCAUCUAGAAGCCCGAGUUCACCGUCUAAAAAACGUCCUGCAGCAUGGAUUUCAGGAGAAUCUCACAAUUCCUCAUGCUGUAAAAGUAACAUCCCUGGAGACUCUCAAUGGCAUCGCGAAGAAGAUUCGCAGUGUCACGAGGGAGUCUCUCAGGGAAUUUAUUGAGAUUGAGAUGAAGAAUGUCUUGGAUGACAAUCCUCCAAAUCUCUCUCCAUUUAUCGUGCACUUCCUCUCGAGUGCUUCCCUGAUGGAGAGUGUUUCUCUGCAAAAGGCCACCAGACUCUGUCCAGAUCGCCCCAUUCUGGUCAUUUCGCUCACGGGGGGAGAGAUAAAAGCCCGCUGCUGCGUACCUGAGGGGAGUGUUACGAAGGAAUUUACCGCGGAUUUGUGGCUGCAGAAGGUGGCUCAAGUGUUUAAGUCUCAAUGUGCAGCUCCCAAGGGUCAGGAUGGUCAGUUAGUGUGCAACAUGAAGGGGAAGAAAAUCAAAUUCUCAGCUGUGGAUUCACAACUAGAGACUGCACUCACCUUCGCCAGAGAUUAUGCAUCCAAAUUCAUGCCUCGUUGAUGUCUAAAAAAAAAAUAAAGUCUGAGUCUUUUUUGUCUUCUCGAAA